CCGGGUCAUAUGCCGGGGGCGGGGCAGGCCCGCGCGCUGCUCCUCGGGGCUCCGCUGGUGGCCGCGUCGGGUCUUCUCGCGUCGCGGAGCGACACCGGCUCUCUCUGUCCCUCCGUCCGUCUGUCUUUCUGCCUGUCCCCGCUGCCGCGCCAUGUCCCCCGCCGCCGCCGUGGCCCGGGUGCUGGCGCUGGCCGCCCUGCUGGUGCUGAGCCCGGCGGGGGCAGCCCGGCAGUCGCGGAGGCCCAACGUGGUGCUCAUCCUCACCGACGACCAGGACGUCUGUCUGGGCGGCAUGACACCCCUAAAGAAGACUAAUGCCCUCAUUGCGCAGAUGGGAAUAACCUUCCUAAAUGCAUACGUUCCCAGUGCGCUUUGCUGUCCCAGCCGAGCUAGCAUUUUAACGGGAAAAUAUCCACAUAAUCAUCAUGUUGUCAAUAACACUCUGGAAGGAAACUGUAGCAGCAAGUUAUGGCAGAAGAUUCAAGAACCAUACACCUUCCCAGCACUGCUCAAAUCUAUGUGUGGUUAUCAAACGUUCUUUGCUGGAAAGUAUUUGAAUGAGUACGGAGCAGAGGAUGCAGGGGGAGUAGGUCAUGUCCCUCCUGGAUGGAGUUUCUGGUAUGCUUUGGAGAAAAAUUCAAAGUACUACAACUAUACUCUAUCAGUAAACGGCAAAGCACGAAGGCAUGGUGAGAACUACAGCGUAGAUUAUCUGACAGAUGUACUGGCCAACAUGUCAUUGGACUUCUUGGAGUAUAAAUCUAAUUUCGAACCUUUCUUUAUGAUGAUCUCAACCCCAGCACCGCACUCUCCUUGGACAGCUGCUCCACAGUAUUCAAAGAGCUUUCAGAAUGUCAGUGCACCAAGAAACAGCAAUUUUAAUAUUCAUGGAAAGAACAAGCACUGGUUAAUUCGACAGGCAAAGACUCCAAUGACUAACUCUUCAAUACAGUUUCUUGACGAUGCUUACAGAAAGCGGUGGCAGACUCUGCUGUCAGUAGACGACCUGAUAGAGAAACUAGUGAAGAAACUGGAAUUGAAUGGAGAAUUAGACAACACGUACAUCUUUUACACAUCAGACAAUGGCUUCCACACUGGCCAGUUUUCUUUGCCAAUAGACAAACGGCAGCUGUAUGAGUUUGAUAUCAAAGUUCCAUUGUUAGUUCGAGGACCAGGGAUAAAACCAAAUCAGACAAACAAGAUGCUUGUUGCAAAUAUUGAUUUGGGUCCCACUAUUCUGGAUAUCGCGGGGUAUGACUUGAAUAAGACCCAGAUGGAUGGAAUGUCACUAUUGCCGCUGUUGAGAGGAGACAAAAAUGUGACGUGGAGAUCAGACUUCUUGGUGGAGUACCAAGGAGAAGGAUACAACGGCAGUGAUCCCACCUGUCCUGGCCUAGGACCUGGUGUCACACACUGCUUCCCAGACUGCGUCUGUGAAGAUUCCUAUAACAACACGUAUGCUUGUGUGAGGACGCUGUCAACCUCCUGGGAUCUGCAGUACUGCGAGUUUGAUGACCGGGAGGUGUUUGUGGAAGUGUAUAACUUGACUGCUGAUCCACACCAGAUCACUAACAUUGCUAAAACAAUUGAUCAAGAAAUUCUAGAAAAGAUGAACUACCGAUUAAUGAUGCUGCAGUCCUGUUCUGGAGCAACUUGCCGUACACCAGGUGUCUUUGAUCCUGGGUACAGGUUUGACCCACGGCUCAUGUUCGGCAAUCACGGUGUUCGGGCUCGGAGGUUUUCUGGACAGUCCUUAUAAGGCAUUUAAGAGCCUCUUGCAAUCAGCUCCUGCUGACCGGUUUCUCCAGUGACUGCAGCAGGUCUGUCUCUGUAACUCUCCUUGAUCACAGCUGGAAGACUAUUAAUGGGCUAUUCAAACCCUGUGCGGAAGAAAAACCCUUGUCUUUAGCUGGUUGCCUUGUGCAAUAUGUAUAUUUUACAGCUGAACUGUAACUCCAAAUUGUUAGACACAGCUAAUCUGUCUUGCUCAGAGAGUUGAUUACCAUCUUUGUCUUUCAAGUACCUUUUCAUAUCACGGGCACAGAGGUGAACCUAUGCCUAUGAAUCUGAAUGGUUUAUUUUGUUCUAAAAAUCAAUAACUGCAUAUUUGAGUCAGGUCAGAUAGGCAGGUGCUAUUGCACAGUAAUGCUCACCCAUAUUCAGUGUCAUAGACCUUCUAAAAAGCUAUGUUUAAUUAUAGGUUUCCUCUACAGAGCUCAAAGCUGUUAAUGACAAUAGCAAACUAGCCCAAAAUAGUGUAGGAAGGCAUUAGUCAAAACUGUAGUAUCUGACUAGCAAGUGUCUUGUGCGGAAUUAAAAUCCGUGUGCUAAGUAUUUUCUUUCAAGGAGACCACUUCAAAUGAGACCAAUGAAUUUUGUCAGACAGCUUUGGUAGCUUGCAAACAAGAAUGUAAUUUCAACCUCCUUCUAGUUUGAAAUGCUGGAAUGGGUUACUAUGUACUACUGAAAAAAACUCUUAGGGUUUAAUAUAGGCUUCCUAGUGAGUUAGAGUGUUGAGACUAACAGGUAUUCAAAUAAGUGUGCCUGUGUUUUGAGCUAACUCUUAAGUCUGCUUUAAUGCAUGAACAGAAGUAAUACGAAAAAAAUUCCACCAAAAAAAAAACCCCUAGGGCACCACAGUAUAGUUGAUCUGUCUUUAACCUCCAAAUGUCUUGAACUGUCUAGCAUCGUAUGUUGAUUAGAUUCUUGAGGGUAAAUUAUUUUGAGAGCAAACUAGCCAAAAAUAAAUAAAUCAUUGCUCACUAGAAGUUAGGCUAAGAGGGCUAUUUUAGGCAGUUUAAGUGCUUCAUAGAGUGUUGCUUUUUGGUUGAGACAUAACUACUCAGAACCUGCAGGAAGUGGCCUUCACACCAAAGGACUGACAUCAGCUGUCUGACUGCAGUACCCUAUCGCUUGGCUUCCCUUUGGAGGGGUGAGGUUGUCUUUUCAGCCUUCUGAUCAGACUUAUCUGAAAUGCAGCCAUCACUCUCACACAAACUUGAGUAUCUUUCUAAAUCAUGAAAAACACCCAAACUUAUGUUAGCGUGUAACUUCUGUGUAGAUCCAUUGGCAAAAAGCCCCCUAGAAACACUGACUUGUGUACCUUGUGCAAGACAAGUUCAUGUUGCUUGUGGGCAAAUCGACUGUGUUAUCAGGCAAGAUAAUCUUUCCCUUGUCAAACAAACUGUGGCACAACUGCUUAGUUGUUAGUUCUCGCAGACCUUUUACCCAAACAGAGAGCGUGGUCAUUUCAACUCCUGUCACACAAAACCUUCUACUAAGUAAUCAUUACGUAGGCAAAGUAUGACUCUUGCAAAACUGUGAAGGUGCAUACCUGGGUGCACAGAUCUACAAACUGGAUACAAGCAGUGCUACAGUAGAAGUUGAACUUCCUUUGCUUUUAAUUCUGAAGCACAGUAGUUGUCCUUCAUGGAGCUUAGAGUUACAAACUUCUGUGAUGGUCUACAGGUUGGAUUUUACAGAGAUUUUGUCUCAAAUCGAGCUCAUUGUUUCAAAUCUCUAGUGUGACCAAAUAUUUGGAGACAAAGUCACUCAAAAGGUGACUUUUCAGCUGGGGCAUCUGUAUAAAAGCAGAGGGUUUUAGAUAUUCAAACUACUUACACGCUUUCAAAUCCUCAGGACUUGUUUUUCCUCCACUACAACUGUAGCUUUAUCCUGUUCUUUGUUUCUCAAGCCUUAGUAUUGCCCAUCAAUACCCUUCAGGCUCUGUUUUGUCUUGAAAAACAAAACCAAAGUUGUUUUUGUGCAUUUUCUUGCACACUGAGCUAAACCUGAAGUUCAUUUAUGGGGUGUUUUGCUCAGGUAGUUGUAGCAACUUAGACUUGUUCUUUGUUUAAACUUUUUUUGGUAGCUGUGUGGAGGCUAGAGUGAAAUACAUUGAUUGCUGGACAUUGAACCCUCAACAGUUCUAUCAAACCUAGGUCAUAGGUCAAGUUUCUACUUGACUUAAGUUUCAGGGCAGGUCAUGUGUGUUACGAUGCUUCUUAAUAGAAAAAAACCUGUUAUGAGUACAGAUGUGUAACUUUAACACUAUCAUUUUUUAAAGUGAUCUUAAGCCAUAACAAGGAAAUUUUCUCUUCAAUUAUUUACCUUUUUCCCCCCUAAUAGCUAACAUGAAAAUUGACAGAACUGAUACAGAUUAUUCAGUAUGUGUGACCAGGUGUUUCACCCAAAUUAACACUCUUGCUAUCUGCACACACCUGUAAAGCGUUCCCUCUGUAUCUAGGCUCAAUAACUUAACCCACUCUGUCAGAGAACCACACUGUACCUGAAAUCUGUGAUAGGUAGUAAAUGAAUUAAACUGAAAUUCAGAAUUAAAUCAGUCGGUCCUUACUUAACCAAAAAGAGAACAGCAGUUCAGGAAAAUAACUGCUUCACUCCCAUCUUUUGAUAAAGAUUUAACUGUUCCACAAAAGCACAUGGUUGUCGGAAGAACAGGAACCAACAGCUGCCUGCCUUCUGCUGCUUUUAGAGGAGUUUGUCACUUGUCUGGUGUCUGUUUCAGCUAAUUCUGAGUCUUUUUACAGCCUUGAAUGAACAGUGUUAAUUCUUAUCCUUGCUGAUUAGAAAAAUACUAUGAAGGAACUUUGACACUUACCCAGAUCUGAUUCCCAGCUGAAUGGUUUUUAGAACUAAGUGGUCUUCCUAGAUAUUCCAUUUCAUAUGCUAUUUGACCACAGCUGUACCUGCACCCUAUUACUAAAGGCUAAAUGAAAGGGCCUUACUGCUACAGAGUUGGGUUUAGGUAAAAUGUGAUUUUUUUAUAUAUAUUUUUUUAAAAAUCAUCAUCAAAAGCAGAGCUGUGAAUUUUAGUGAUCUGAUCUGGUAAAGUAGGUACUAUAGAGGGAGAAAUACAGUUAAUGACUUUAUUUACAUUAUCCUAAACCAAACACCAUGCAGUAUCAUCACUUCCAGCAUAAGUGAAUACAGUUAGUAUGUGCUUACCCAGCAUAGGCCCAGUAAAUUGGGCUGCUUCAUUUCAAGGAAUAAAGCUGUAACAGGGACACAUAAAUGCAAACACACACCCGAAGCCAGUAUUAGCACCUUUUCAAUCAAGUUAAGUUUAAGACUGAUUCUACAAGCUAAAUACAAUAUUUCAUCAUAAUGAAACAGCUGUCAUUUGUUGUGAUUUAAUUAAAAUGGAUUUUAUUUGUAUUAUACUCUCUCUGUACGUGAGCAUACUUUGCUGUAGCAUGUUGUGAGCAUACUUAACUUCUGCUGUUUGGAACGUUUGUUUAGAAAGUGCCCUUCCAGAGGACCCUGUUCACUGCUGCACUUUUGGGAAAUUAAAAAUAAACUGCCUAUCAAACUUCC